GUACUGUGCUAAUAAUAACUCCCAGCUCUCACUGUCCUCACUGAUUAUUUAAAUACGGACAACUACGAAACUCCAUUCACUCAGAUCAAAAAUACACAAUCACACCCAGAGAGAUAACUAUAGAGAUAGAGAGAUCGUCGAGAGAGAUUAGUAUUUUGAAAUGCUUCGUUUGAAUCACACCUCUCGGCCAUGGUCUUCACCUAUUCCUACUCAAAUUUAUCCUUCCCGCAGAGAGUCAAUGUCAUGUCCAUGUUGGUGGAAACAGACAUCAGCUAUACAUGCAAGGAAGUGGGAAGAAAAUUCUUGUAUGGUGUGGGACAAAGCAAAUAACAAUAAGAUCUUGAAGGUGGAUCUCAAAAGUCGUCUUCAGCAUGUGCAGGGUAAAGAUAAACUUAUGAUGUCGUAUCUGUCAUGCUAUUCCCUGGGUAGAAUGACACAACAAAUAUCCAGCAAUGCAGUGUUUAAUAUGCUUAAAGACAUACUACUCUUUGUGAUUCGGACGUCUGCAGCUACAAGCUCUCCUUUUGCUUGUAUAUCAAACUCCCUGAAUAAGCCAACACCUCUUAAGUUGGAUAUAAUUCUGCCUUCAAUACGAGAUAUUAGAUGGAAUUUUGCACGAUUAUUGUAUUUGUUCAACAUACGGCUUGAGAGAAAUGUCGCGACGUUUUUAGUGGUGCUUCUUGUAGCAUGCUUUUCAUUUGUUAUGAUUGGAGGUCUUCUCUUCUAUAACUUCAGGGGUAGUACACAGUCUCUAGAGGACUGCUUUUGGGAGGCUUGGGCAUGCCUUAUUUCUUCCUCUACUCAUCUACGACAAAGAACACGCGUUGAGCGUGUAAUUGGCUUCAUUCUUGCUAUAUGGGGGAUCCUUUUUUAUUCUCGCCUGUUGAGCACGAUGACAGAACAGUUCAGACACAAUAUGCAAAAGCUUAGAGAAGGAGCACAAAUGCAAGUUCUGGAAACUGAUCAUAUUAUCAUUUGUGGAGUUAACAGUCAUCUGACCUUCAUAUUAAAACAGCUAAAUAAGUAUCAUGAGUUUGCUGUUCGAUUAGGUACUGCGACGGCUAGGAGGCAACGGAUUCUUCUUUUGUCUGAUCUCCCUAGAAAACAAGUGGAUAAAAUUGCAGAGAACAUUGGUAAAGAUCUCAAUCACAUUGACAUCCUUACAAAGAGCUGCAGUCUGAGCAUGACAAUAUCAUUUGAAAGAGCAGCAGCCAAUAAGGCACGUGCCAUUAUUAUAUUGCCAACAAAGGGGGAUAGGUAUGGAAUUGAUACGGAUGCAUUUCUAUCUGUGCUUGCCCUUCAACCCCUUCCAGAUAUGGGUUCUGUCCCUGCCAUUGUUGAGGUCUCGAGUUCCAAUACAUGUGAACUCUUAAAAACGAUAUCAGGAUUAAAGGUCGAGCCUGUGGAAAAUGUUGCUUCCAAAUUAUUUGUUCAGUGCUCUCGGCAGAAGGGACUGAUAAAAAUUUACAGACACUUGCUUAACUAUCGAAAAAAUGUAUUCAAUCUUUACAAUUUUACUAACCUAACAGGGUUGAAGUACAAGCAAAUACGGCGUGGAUUUCAAGAGGCAGUUGUAUGUGGUAUUUAUCGAAGAGGAAAAGUAGAUUUCCACCCAAAUGAUGAUGAAGUUCUAGAGCAAGAUGACAAAGUAUUGUUCAUUGCACCUAUUCCUGGAAAGAAAAAACCAUAUUUAGCAUCUCCAGACGUUAUCAGUGAAGAUGUCAGUGGCAUUCAUAAUCUUGUACAAGUGAAUAAGAAUGUUGAAUCCCUAAGUUUCGCCCAACAUAUGGAAAAGCUGCGGUUUGAGAAUAUAGUCAAACGGCCCAAAAAAUCAGGUUCAAAGGCUUCAGACUGGACAGUAGGACCCAAAGAAUGGAUCCUAAUGGUUGGAUGGCGACCUGAUGUUGUGGAAAUGAUUAAUGAGUAUGACAAUUAUCUUGGACCCGGCAGUGUGUUGGAGAUAUUAUCGGAUGUGCCAAUAGAAGAUAGAAAUAGGGCCAGAGACCUUGCUGGUCAAGGCAAGCUAAAAAAUGUGAAGGUUUUCCACAGGAUUGGAAACCCAAUGGAUUACACCACUUUAAAAGAAACCAUAACAAAUAUUCACAAGCCAUCCACGAAAGGUGGAGAUAUUCCAUUUUCUAUUGUCGUGAUUUCUGACAGAGAGUGGCUACUUGGAGAUCCGUCCAGAGCAGAUAAGCAUUCGGCAUACUCUCUACUUCUAGCUGAAAGUAUCUGUAACAAACUUGGUGUAAAGGUCCAGAAUCUAGUAGCUGAAAUUGUUGAUUCAAAACUUGGAAAACAAAUUACAAGAAUUAAGCCAUCCCUAACUUAUAUUGCAGCAGAGGAAGUAAUGAGCCUUGUAACUGCUCAAGUGGCAGAAAACAGCGAUUUAAAUGAGGUCUGGAAGGAUAUUCUGAAUGCAGAUGGUGAUGAAAUAUAUGUGAAGGACGUUGGCCUAUACAUGAAGGAGGGGGAGAAUCCAUCGUUUGCUGAACUCUCUGAAAGAGCGCAUUUACGAAGAGAGGUCGCUAUCGGUUACGUGAAAAAUAAUAAUAAGGUCAUAAAUCCAGUCUCCAAGUUGGAACCCCUCUCACUUGAACUAAAUGAUUCACUAAUUGUAAUAUCGGAGCUGGAAGGAGUACAGCCUCUGCCUUUGGGAUCUGAGAGUUAGGUAUCUUCACAAGUGCUUGAUGCUUCUCUGUGUUCUGCCUGGGAACACGUUGUUUCCUUAAAUGUGUGCUAAAGUGUGACGAGCAGGUCGAGCAGGUUCGAUAUCGCAAAAUCGAUAUUACGUGAACUGGAUAUAAUCGCAAGAUAAUAUCGAUACACUUGCAUGGAAGUAUCUGUAGACCAAGGAGUGAGAUAUGGCCUCUUGAAGAUUCGAACAGGAUUCCCUUUUUCACUUGGCAACGUUUUGGCCCUCCCGUCUUGUAGAGGCAGAAUGCAAAGUGUGAGAUAUUCUUAGUUAACUUCGUUUUCCUCUGAUAAUUCAUAAGGUGUUUUCGGAUUUGGUUUUUUACCAGAAUGCAGUGCACGAGGGCAAACAUGUUGUAAUCGUUAUGAUCAAUAAUCAACAAAAUGAAAAUCAAAUUACUUUGUCUC